AUCCGCCAUCCCUCUCCUCUCCUCCCCACUUUCCUGCCUUCCUCCCCGCACUUCUUCCUUCCCUGCCCCAACCUCCCCUCCACCAAGAACAGCAGUGGAGAAGGAAGGAACGAACGAAGCGAUCGGAGCAGCCCCCCGUCCCACCCUGCAAACCUGCAUUGCUGCCCCCGGGUCAUUCUUGGGUCGUGGGAGUCGGAUUCGGGUUUCUUGGCAGCCGGCUGCAAUCAUCCGUGGUGCCUUCAAAGUAUUGCAAGUUGCCGUGAAAGGCCAUUCUAGGGAAUGCAGAAAGAUGUGCUUGCACGCCAGAGAUAUCUCCUAUGAAGAGAAGGGCAUUUCUCCCAUUGAUUUGACAUCACUAAUUCUUGAUGAGCGAGGAUUUCAGUUGCUCACCUGGUGCAUUCUGCAAUCACAAAGUAAUAAUGAUGCUAUCAAUGUCAGAAAUACUGCUAUGCUAGAUCAUGCAAUUUCUGAUGAUGGUUGAAGUUUUUGCUUUUACGGUUUUCCUCUAAAAUUCCAAUAAAGAAUUGUCCGCUAGCAUUGUUUUGAAUGAUGGAACUUGAGAAGAAUGGAAACAUUCUACUGCGAAGGUAUGAGAUUGGAAAAUUAUUGGGGCAAGGAACUUUUGCCAAGGUUUAUCAUGGUAGGAACAUCGUGACUUCACAAAGUGUGGCUAUCAAGGUGAUCGACAAGGACAAAAUUUUUAAGGUUGGCCUAAUGGAUCAGAUUAAACGAGAGAUAUCUGUGAUGAAAUUAGUGAGGCACCCCAACAUUGUACAGCUGUAUGAGGUCAUGGCUACCAAAUCGAAGAUAUACUUUGUGCUAGAAUAUGUCAAGGGCGGUGAGUUGUUUAACAAAGUAGCUAAAGGUAGGUUGAAAGAAGAUGCUGCAAGGAAAUACUUCCAGCAAUUAGUAAGUGCUGUUGAUUUCUGCCACAGUAGAGGCGUUUAUCAUCGCGAUCUGAAGCCAGAGAACCUACUUGUUGAUGAAAAUGGAAACCUGAAAAUUACCGAUUUUGGAUUGAGCGCUCUUGCUGAAUCAAGACGACAAGAUGGCCUUCUACACACAACUUGUGGAACUCCCGCAUAUGUGGCGCCUGAGGUGAUCAGCCGAAAAGGGUAUGACGGUGUCAAGGUUGACACAUGGUCUUGUGGUGUGAUCCUGUUUGUUCUGAUGGCUGGUUAUCUGCCUUUUCAAGAUUCAAAUUUGAUGGAGAUGUACAGAAAGAUUGGGAAAGCAGAGUUCAAAUGCCCAGCUUGGUUUUCGUCUGAUGUACGAAAAUUAGUUUCGAGAAUUCUUGAUCCAAACCCAAGAAGUAGAAUGCCAAUUACAAAAAUAAUGGAAACUUACUGGUUCAAGAAAGGACUUGAUAGCAAGCUAAUCCUUAAGAACGUGGAGACAAAUGAACCAGUUACAGCUCUUGCUGAUGUUAAUGUUGUUUUCUCCUCCAUGGGUAGCAGUAGUAGCAAAAAGACUGAGGAGAAACAGGAUGCAGGAAAGCUAACCAACCUUAACGCUUUCGAUAUUAUUUCUCUUUCGGAAGGCUUUGAUCUUUCUGGCUUGUUUGAGGAGACUGAUAAAAAGAAAGAAGCAAGGUUUACAUCAAGUCAAUCAGCUUCAGCUAUUAUCUCAAAACUAGAGGAUGUUGCCUCAUGUUCGAAGUUGACAGUGAAAAAGAAAGAAGGUGGUGUGCUGAAAAUGGAAGGUGCAAGUGAAGGAAGGAAAGGUGUAUUGGCAAUCGAUGCAGAGAUCUUCGAGGUGACUCCUUCAUUUCAUUUGGUAGAAAUCAAGAAGAACAAUGGAGAUACACUAGAAUACCAACAUUUGUGGAAGGAGGACAUGAAACCAGCUCUUAAGGACAUUGUUUGGGCUUGGCAAGGUGAACGCCAGGAUCAGCAACCUGAAGAUCAUGGCCAGCCAUAGAAUUGUUUCAAUGUCGAAAUGUUUCGUUGCCUUAGGAAAGGCACUGCUUAUCCUUUUGCUUAUUAUUCGUUCUAUCUUCUGUCUUCCCAAAAUCCAUAGCUCAAUGAAAUUCGCACAACAAUGUAAUUGGAUUCUAAGGAAUCUGAACUUAUAAUGCAGUGUAAUACUAGUUAUUUUUUGUUGUUGGCAGUUCAGUGUUCGUAAUUGAAAUACAUCAAAGGAUAAGCUACCUCA